AUGAAUCAAACACAAUCAUACAUGGACGUACAUACGUCCCACUUUUCUUCACCUCAGCCCUACGGCUCGCAUGGGGCGACUGCUGGUGGAAUGGUGCCAUACUCGCAUUAUCAGCAGCCGCCGCCUCUUCUUCCACCUGGUUCUGCCGGUUAUCCAUCGACCCCAGGCUCUUAUUCUUACCCAUACUCGAAUGGUGUUGCUUCAACUACACAGCCUGCAUCUAAUUCUAUUAGCAGUCAGGUACCGGCUCAAAUAUUGCCAUUACCAGCCAUGACUAGCCAUACUGUAACACCGCAUGGAUAUGUUAGCGGAGCAGCGCAAUCCCAGCAGAACGCUGUCCAUGAUCCAACUGGCCAGACUUGUCCACCAGGAGCAAAGCCGAGAGUAACGGCAACAUUGUGGGAAGACGAGGGUAGUUUAUGCUAUCAAGUUGAAGCUAAGGGUGUAUGUGUAGCCCGACGAGAAGAUAACCACAUGAUUAAUGGUACUAAGUUGCUAAAUGUUGCUGGUAUGACUAGAGGUCGUCGCGAUGGAAUCCUGAAAAGCGAAAAAGUCCGUCAUGUUGUCAAAAUUGGCCCUAUGCAUUUAAAGGGUGUUUGGAUUCCAUAUGAAAGAGCUCUUGAUUUCGCCAACAAGGAGAAAAUCACCGAUUUGCUCUACCCAUUGUUUGUUCACAACAUAGGUGGUCUUUUGUACCACCCAGCAAACUCCAACCGAACCAACAUGGUUGUUCACGACUCGCAACAACGUAGACUUGAAGGCAGCCAGACCGCUCGAACUUCUCAAGGACCCCAGGCUCCUGCUCUGCAUCAUCACCACUCUAUGAACGGUUCCGUUCCUUCUCACAUGCCACAAGCAUCGGCUUCUACUCCUCAGACAAACGGCCGACCAGAAUUGAAUCGUGCUCACACAUUCCCCACUCCUCCGGCUAGUGCAUCCAGCUUGAUUGGCAUCCCUAACCAAGGCAGCACCUAUGAUUGGAACAGCCAGAAUAUCAACUCCACGGUUCAGACGUCUCAGAAUGUGCCCAUCGACAACGGAUUGAACAGUACAAGGUCAAUGCCCACUACACCGGCCACUACGCCACCAGGAAACAACCUGCAGGGCAUGCCACCAUACCAGAACCAACCGGCUUACGACAGCUCCAAGUCAUACUACUCGGCAGCUCCUUCAUCUCAGGCUCAAUAUGCCUCCCAGCCACUACCUGCCCACUCUCUCACGUAUGGUCAGCCCAUGAUGAAAGAUCUUGGUUCUUCAGGACGGCCCCCUCUUGGUCCUGUUGAGCAGGAGCACGAUGAGGUCAAGGUUGACCGUUACAACCAGCCCAAUGGUCAAGUUACGAACGGCACGGAGGAAGAGAAUGGUCAACAGCAGGAGCCCGAGUAUGUACAGGACAAUGUCGCUGGAUCCUACGCAAACCGCAACUCUUACACCUAUACGACCAACCCAUCUGUAUCCUCGCUUUCAGGAGAUCAUUCUCAGUUGGGCGGAUCCCCUUCGCAUCAGAACGGAAGUGACAGAAUGACACCGCGUACUGCGGGCACUAACCCACCGCCGCAAUGGUCUCAAGGUUACAACACCCCUCCAAGGGCUGUACCAGCAGGCAGUAUUUCCAAUAUUGUUAGCGACACUCGAGGAGCACCUAAUGGCGACUCAUACGCCCCCGGCACUGCAUAUGCAUCAAACUAUUCCGGUUACUCGUCGGUGAAUGGAUCAUCUAUGGGAUCCACAAAAAGAAUGCGAGACGAUGAUGACGACCAUCUGUCGCGAUCAGAUGGCCGUGAAAAUGAAUACGAGACCAAGCGUCGUAAGACUUUGACUGAGCCUCCCGUUGGAGGUGCUUUUAUGCAAAUGCAGCAGCAACCAGUCCCUGCAGGAGGAGUAAUGCGACGCCGAUGA